GCGGCGCGCGCGGCGGCGGCGGCAGCUCGGCGGCGGCGGCGGCGGCAUUGGCGAGCGCAGCGCGGAGCCGGGCGCAGCCCUGGCUUUCCCCUCCCAGCGCUCCCGCGCCCCCUUUCGCAUCCGCAACCAGAAACCCAGCGCGGCCCCCGCGCCCGGACCCGCGCCCGCGCCGAUCCCGGGACCGCGACCCCGGCUGCCCCGCGACGAUGACCAUGACCGCGACCCGAGCCCUCCUGCGCGUCCUGCUGCUCCUGCUGGCCUUCGGCCACCAUGCCCAUGGAGCUGAAUGCUUCCCGCCCUGCAACCGCCACUAUGGAGUGUGCACCGAGGACAAUGUCUGCAGGUGCCACCCCGGCUGGCAGGGACCCCAGUGCAACGAGUGCAUGCCCUUUCCCGGCUGUGUCCACGGAUUCUGCGACGAGCCCUGGCAGUGCACUUGCAACGAGGGCUGGGACGGGCACUACUGCGACAUAGACAUGCGGGCUUGCACCUCGAACCCCUGCGCCAACAACGGCACCUGCACCACCAUGCAGAAGGGCCACUACCAGUGCACCUGUGCCCCUGGCUUCUCGGGCGAGAACUGCCAGAAGAAGGACGGGCCCUGCGAGGUCAACGGAUCCCCCUGCCAGCAUGGCGGCUCCUGCGUGGACGAUGACGGCCAGGCCUCGUACGCCUCCUGCGUGUGCCCGCCGGGCUUCUCGGGCAACUUCUGCGAGAUCGUGGUCAGCGUCUGUACCUCCAACCCGUGCGAGAACCAAGGCACCUGCACCGACAUUGGGGGCGACUUCCGCUGCCGCUGCCCCCCCGGCUUCGUGGACAAGACCUGCAGCCGCGCGGUAACCACCUGCGCCUCCGAGCCCUGCCUGAACGGCGGCACCUGCCUGCAGCACUCUCAGGUGAGGUUCGAGUGUCGGUGCAAGCCCCAGUUCACAGGCCCCCUCUGCGGCAAGAAGCGCGCGUCCAGCUCCCAGCAAGGGCCCGGGCUGGCCUACCGCGUGACCCCCGGGGUGCACGAGCUGCCGGUGGGGCAGCCCGAGCACCACAUCCUCAAGGUGGCCAUGCGCGAGGUCAAAAAGGACACCCCGCUCCUCUCCGAGGGCCAGGCCAUCUGCUUCACCAUCCUGGGCGUGCUGACCGGCCUGGUGGUGCUGGGCACCGUGUGCGUCGUGUUUCUCAACAAGUGCGAGGCCUGGAUCGCCAACCUGCGCUACAACCGCAUGCUGAACAAGAAGAAGAAGCUGCUGCUGCGCUACAGCAGCCGGGAGGACAUGGCCGUCAACAUCAUCUUCCCCGACAAGAUCGACAUGACCACCUUCAAGGAGGCUAGCGACGAGGAGAUCUAGAGCAGAGCUAGAUCUCCCCAGAGUCCCCCACUGGCCCCGCCCCCCUUCCAUCCUCGGGGUGCCCCCACCCCCACCCCGCAGAUCUCUCUAGACGCGGUCGGUUUCUAACCUUGGUGGGAGAAUCUCGCUAGGCCUGGGGAACGCGCUGCGCUUCGCUGUGUUGUUGUUACCUUGUGUGCUUACUACUGUGUCACCAAUGCAAUGCGCUCAAUGCAAUGAAGAAGGUACCCUCCCCCCUCUCCCCCGAUGCAUGAUUAAUAAGCAUAAGAAUAAGAAUUUAAUCACCUUUAAGACAAGUUAAGAUAACGUAGCAUGUCGUUCUAAACUUUAGACUUUUUUGGCAUAAAAUAAAAAAAGACAAAAAAAAAACAAGG